AGGCUCAUAACGGAAGCAUCACGAUACUACAGUUCAUUGAGGAGUUUACUGGAGGAUUUUAGUUUUGUUUUAGGUGUCCUUCAGGCGAGAGUGUAAACCACAUUUGUUGGUUCAAAUCGAGGCAGUUUAAGGUGAUGGUGAGAGCUCACCCUCUGCUGCCAUGAGUGCUCUGUUUGCCUGUGAGGAGCCAGCGACAUGGAGGAGUGUGUAUGAGAAGUACUGGGAUGUAGUGGAGGCAAAGACCAAAGGCAAGAAACCUGGAAAGCUGCUGAACCUUGACAAGUGGUACCAAGAGGAGCUUCCCACACUUAUUUCAAGUCGAGCUGACAAACAUGUCACUCUGUCAGAGCUGGUGAAACUGAUGGAGUGGAAGCUCACUAGAGGGAAGUUUAGGCCGAGGCUGCAGCAGCUGGUGGCGUCCAACAGUGAGGAUACUGUGGAGAAAUGUUCCAGAAAGGCCUUCAGCCUGCUGCCUGAUGUGCAGGCGGCGAUCGCAGAGCUCAGCUCCCUGAAAGGAGUUGGCCCUGCCACCGCUUCAGCUGUGUUGGCAGCAGGAGCUCCAGAACAGACUGCAUUCAUGUCUGAUGAAGCCAUGGAGAGUGUACCGGGACUAAAGCCCAUCCAGUAUACAGCCAAGCAUUAUGCUCUGUACCUGGGAAAGAUGGUUGAGCGAAGUGAAAAACUAAACACAGUGGAUCCCCAGCAGGACUGGACGCCCCACAGGCUGGAGCUGUGUUUGUGGGCGUUGACCACAGCCACUCAGCAGCAGCUCCAGCUCCUGAGGGAUGUUGAUCUAAAGGGCAGCGGUGUGGCAGAGAAGUGCUCAGACCCUCACACUGACCAGGGACCAACAAAGAAGCUCAGAACAAGAUGAAAAUUACAACUUUCAUACUUGAUGUUUUUUUUUUAUGUUA